AUGUCCCUAAGCAGUGGCACUGCAGGCGGGAAAGGUGUGGACUCGAAUGCGGUGGACACUUACGACAGCGGCGAUGAAUGGGACAUUGGUGUUGGCAAUCUGAUCAUUGACCUUGACGCCGACCUAGAGAAGGACAAACUUGAGAUGUCUGGCACAAAGGAGGGGGGUGGAAUGGCAGCCCCUCCCAGCGCUGUGGCGGCACUGCCGGACAACAUCAAAUUUGUCAGCCCUGUGCCCGCCCCUCAAGGCAAGGAGAGCAAAUCCAAAUCCAAACGUAGCAAAAACUCUAAGGACAGUGGCAAGGCCUCGGCCACAGAUGGGGCCAAGAAAGACACCCAAGGGCGAACCCAGGGUGAGGGUACAGGACCAGCUGCAGGCACGGGCACUACACCCAUUGCCAACUCCGGAAAAGGUGUGGAGAAAAGCAGCAAGGCCUCCCGUAAUGUCCCUAGCGGAAAGAAGGAAAAAGAAGCAGGAUCCGGGAAAAGUAAAAAGGAAAAAAUUGAGGGAGGAACGACAGGGACUGUGCCUGCUGAAAAAGAUGGGGUGGCUUCAGUUUUGCCCAUGGGGACCACCCGCAGUGCCCCAUUUGAGGGAGCACAAACUACAGACUUGGCAGGUGCUGAGCAGCUGGGAAAUAUUGCAUUGGAGUCUGCUGGGAUUGUCCCACCUUUGACUAUUAAAAGUGAACCUGAAGAGAUGGACAACGGCGACUGCAGGAACUUGAAGAAAGUGAAAAGUGAAAAGAUGGAGUCUCCAGUCUCCACACCAGCACCUCCACCUCUGCACCUCUUGGCUCCUGUGGGCAACAGUGACAUCUCCUCUCCCUGCGAGCAGAUCAUGGUGCGCACACGCUCCGUGGCCGUCAACACCUCAGACGUGGCCCUGGCAACUGAACCAGAAUGCUUAGGGCCUUGUGAACCAGGCACUAGUGUAAACCUGGAAGGAAUUGUGUGGCAGGAGACAGAGGAUGGUAUGCUGGUGGUAAACGUCACAUGGAGAAACAAGACAUACGUGGGCACUCUUCUGGAUUGCACUCGGCAUGACUGGGCCCCACCACGCUUUUGUGAGUCACCUACAAGUGAUUUAGAGAUGAGGAAUGGACGGGGCCGGGGCAAAAGGAUGAGACCCAACAGCAACACUCCAGUUAACGAAAACAGCAAUUCUUCUGACAACAAAGGCAGCGGAAGCAGCAAGACCCGUGCAGCAUCCAACAGCAAAGGUCGGCGAGGCAGCCAGAACUCAUCUGAGCGGCGAACUCCUCCCAACAGCAAUACAGAGGAUGUCAAAGCCAGCCCAUCAUCUGCCAACAAACGCAAGAACAAACCUGCUUCUGAUAUGGAGCCGAACUCAAGCUCAGAGGACACUAAGGGUAGCAAGCGCAUGCGCACCAACUCUAAUAGCGGAAUGCCGCACGCCGUCCUCCCCAUCCCUACCAUCAAGACCGAGCCUCUUCCCCCCUCUCUGGACCGCAGCUGCCCGUCACCGGUACUCAUUGACUGCCCCCACCCAAACUGCAACAAGAAGUACAAGCACAUCAAUGGUCUGAAAUAUCACCAGGCUCGUGCCCACAAUGAUGAUGACAUCAAGUUGGACAUGGAUGGUGACAGUGAAUAUGGAGAGGACUCUACUUUACACCCGGAGCCUGGCAACUGCAAUGGGGCCUCCAUCUCUCAAAAAGGCUGCCUAUCUCCAGCCCGUUCUGUCACACCCAAAGGCAGAGGAUUUGAUGCUCAGAGCCCAUCCCCCUCCUCAGGCAAGUUUACCUCUAAGCAGUCAAGCAAAAAGAAGCCAUGUGAGGCUGACCACGACACUGGGGCUGUACCCAUGGAUGGCUGUGAAGAUGGCCCCUGUCUCACUGAUGAGGCCAGCAAUGAUGGCAUUGAUGACAAGAAAGGCAUGGACAAGGACAAAGCUAAGAAGUCCAGUAGUGGCUCAAAGGCUGACAAGCUUGUCCAGAAGGGCAUGAAGUCUGCUCGGCCUGUAGCACCCUCUAUGCCCCCUCAGCAGCUCUAUACCCUCCAAACAUCUGGAUUUCCUUCUGGAAACCCUGGCUCCUCUCCAGGUAUGACUACAGUGGUGCAAUCCAUCCCCAAAAGCCCUCAGUUAAAAGCCAUUCAGCCCAAGCCUGCAGUGAUGGGAGACUCCUCCUCUGUGAAUCCCGUCCUGAGUGCUUCCAAGGAUAAGAAGAAGAAGGACAAGAAAAAGAAGGAUAGUGGUAAAGAGGGUGACAGCCCCAAAGCUCAGGGGAAAGUAGGAAAACCUGAGGGGGGAAAGAGCCCUUACUCUGAGUCCUCAGACCCAGGAAGUAAGAGUGAUGGACUCCUUAAUGGCUCUGCAGACCCCCACCAGAGUCGCCUGGCUAGCAUCAAGGCUGAGGCAGAUAAGAUCUACAGUUUCACUGACAAUGCUCCCAGUCCGUCCAUAGGGGUGGCCAGCCGAAUGGACAGCGGAGGCUUGACGCAACCUCUCACACCACUCCAUGUGGUCACACAAAAUGGAGCGGAUAAUUCCUCAGUGAAGACCAACAGUCCAGCAUAUUCAGACAUCUCUGAUGCAGGGGAGGAUGGCGAGGGCAAGGUGGAGGGCAUGAAGACCAAGACUGAGGACCAGUCUGGCAGAGAGGGAGCCAAGAAGGCACUCUUCUCUUCCCAGCCUCCCAGCAAAGACUCCCCGUACUACCCCAAUUACGACACUUACUACUCACCCAAUUAUGCCAACCCCAAUCCUAGUCCAAGUGUUUCUACCUCUGGUGCCACACUACAGGAUGGUGGCCCUGUUAAGGUGAAGAAAGAGGAAGAGCAGGAGCAAGGAGAUGAGAAAGGAAAACCAGAGCAGCAGGAGGAUCGCAAGGUGGAGAUAAAUGUUUCCAGCCAGCAACAGCAACAACAGCCCUCAGUAAUCCAGCAACGCUCCAACAUGUUUAUGCAACCACUCUACUAUAACCAGUAUGCCUAUGUGCCACCAUAUGGCUACCCAGACCAAGCCUACCAUAAUCAUCUGAUGAACACAAACCCAGCCUACAGGCAACAGUGCGAGGAUCGCCAGAGGCAGGCAGCUGAACAGCACCGUGCUGCAGAGAAGAAAUCUGAAAGUGUUCAGAAAGACAGGGAGGCAUCCAUGAAGGCAGAGGAGUGGAAGCAGAAAGCCUCGGUUCCCCCAACCCUGUCUAAGGCCCCUAGCCUCUCAGACCUGGGCAAACCUCAACCGCAGGGAAAGCCCAAAGACCCCUCUUCAGAACCAGCCAAGUCAGUCAUAAUUCCUAAAGGUGAAGAUGCUAAGGCACAACCUCAACAGGCUGAAGGACUGAAGAUGAAACUUAGCGAGAGUGGGCACCAUGCUAAAGAGGAACAGAAGCCUGGAAUGGAGUCUGGCAGGCCAUCAGCUAUGGAGCAAGCCAUGUGGUACAGACAGGAGCCUGAUUCUCGACUGUGGCCCUAUGUCUACAGUAAAUACCCUGAGGCUCAGAAACCUCAAGAUGAGGAACGGUGGAAGGAAGAGAGAGAUCGGGACAGAGAACGGGAUCGGGACAGAGACCGAGAUAGGGAAAGAGACAGAGAGAGAGACCGUGACAGGGACAGGAAAGGCAAAGAUGAACGGACACGUCCCAAAGAGGCAACACCAAAAGAGGAGAUCAAGGAGGGGGCUGAACCACGAACCUCUUCUGCCUCAGAGGAGCACAGAGGAAUGGGGAAAGACCCUCGAGCUGUGGCACACAUGCAGUUCUCCUCUCCCCUGCCACAGCACCAGUCCUAUAUGCCCUACAUGCAUGGAUACCCGUACGGCCAGGGCUAUGACCCCAGCCACCCAGGAUACCGUGGAAUGCCGUCAGUGAUGAUGCAGAACUAUCCAGGUUCCUACCUGUCAGCAGGAUAUUCCUUCUCACCAUAUGGAAGUAAAAUGCCUCCAGGUGAGGAAGGAGAGAAGGCUCGAGCUAGCCCAACGGUCAGCGGCAAAUCGGCGCCCGAGUCCAAGGCCUUGGACAUACUGCAUCAGCAUGCCAGCCAGUACAAGAGCAAAUCUCCCACAGUCAGUGACAAGACCCCUCAUGACAGAGAGCGGGGUGGAGGUGAGCGGGAACGAGACAUCGACCGUCCUCGUUCCUCCCCAUCCCAACGCAUCAUGCCUCCUCACCAUCACAUUGGCUACCCACUGCUCUCAGGGCAGUACGACCUGUCCUAUGCCACAGGUCUCCCCUCAUCAGCUAUUGUUGCCAGUCAACAAGCUUCUGCCCCAUCCCUUUACCCGCCAGCACGGAGGUGAGAAUGGGACAAGUGACUGCCUGACCUCAAUCUUGCCUGCAGCCAUGUGACUGGAUCACAUGAAGAAGUGUGUGGAGCCUGUUUAGACAUCAGUUCAAUGGUGUUCCUGUAUUUUUUGGUUUCUCCGCCUGGAUGUCCCGGCAUUUUUGAUCCUCCAACACUUUGGACAGAAAGGGACAGUGGGUGUCAAACUCACCCUCCUUUGGAAAUGCCUGCCUGGCUGCUUCCCUUCCCUCUCUGUACCAGUGGAUACACUCUUGUGAGAGGAUAC